GCAGUAGAAUAUAUACUUGUGUAUAUUGGGGAAUAUGGUGCAGUAGUAUAAAGGUUGUGAUUGAAGUGGACAUAUGGUUAAGUGUAUAUAGAUAUCUAGGCAUCUGUAGAGAAUAUCAAAACCUUGAAAUAACUGCCAUAUCGAUGGUAGUUCUUGUCAUGAGUGUUGUCAGAUCAACUGGAAAAAAUCGCCAGACUCGGUUGCUUUAACACGUGGCUUAGUCUCAGCAUCGAGUCGAAAAGACGCAUCAGUGUGUACACUACACUUUAUGUAAUGUAGACAACAUUAUAUCGCCUCUCAUAAUUGAAUUGGUGUAUAUCGCGUGCGGUUUGAAAGUCUGUGUGUAAAACUAACGUUUUUCCCAGCCUCGCUUCAUUGAGAAAAAGAAUUGGCGGUAAGAUUCGCGUGUUGGAUCAUGAAUAACAGAAUGAUUCAGGCAGGAUAAACAUGGUCUCUUACCUAUUAUUACACUCAUUCCUUAUAAUAUGCUGUUUCUGUGAUACUUGUGCUCAAUAUGGCUAUCAAUUACAAUAUGUUUAUUGGAAGGGUGAAACCGGUGAACGUGGCACUCCAGGCACUCCAGGGUCACCAGGCAACGACGGAAGACCAGGACCACAGGGACCUAUUGGACCAUCUGGUAUGCUAGGACCUGUUGGUGUUCCGGGUGCACCAGGACCACCUGGUCCACCUGGUCAGCCUGGUGAAAAGGGAAUUACGGGUUCGCUAUAUUCUACAGGUUCUGGACAACGAGGACCACUUGGCCCUGCAGGUCCACACGGGCCAUCUGGUGCUCCAGGAAUGCCUGGAGAACGAGGUGCUCCUGGAGAAAGGGGUCCCUCGGGUGGACAGGGUGUCCCGGGAGUUCCUGGAUUACCGGGACCACCAGGAUUAACGGGUCCACGUGGUCUAAGAGGACAGCCAGGAAUGCCUGGUAUGCCAGGGUUACCGGGAAGAAGUGUAUCAGAAAAUGAAAUAAGAGAACUGUGUUAUAUGAUAUUAAGAGAUCAAAUAGAAGAUUUAGUAGCCGAUUUAAGAGGUCCACCAGGUGCAACAGGAGUUGGUAAACCAGGCAGACCGGGGCCACCUGGCACUCAGGGAAUUGAAGGUGAACGGGGAUCAGUUGGACCAAUGGGAGAACGAGGAUUUAUGGGAUUACCCGGUUUACCAGGACCACAAGGACCCCCUGGUUCUCAAGGUAUUCGUGGUUCUAAGGGUGAUCGGGGACCUACGGGUCAUGGGGAUCCAGGAAAAACAGGACAACCAGGAUCGCCAGGUCCAACCGGUCCACCAGGUGAAGGGAUUAUGGGAAGACCAGGAGAAAGAGGGCCGCCGGGACAAUCUGGAAAUCAUGGUCAUAGAGGACCACACGGUCCACCCGGACCUCCUGGAUAUUGUGAAUAUUGUAAUUACGCUGCCGCGGGUACAGACUAUCUUCGUAUGACCAGAAAUAACAACAAGGGGCCUUAAAAACCGCGCAAACCUCUUUUAAAGCCACUUUCGAUAGUUGACCUGUAGCACAUUGCGAUACUUAUACAUUACAAACCGUGCACCCUAUACAAAUUACUUACUGUAAAUACUUAUAUCUUUUAACUUUCAUUCAUUAGUUGUUUAAUUAUAGUCUGUCUAGUAGUUGCAUUAAUCUUUAAUUAUCUGUCUCUUUUACCCAGUCAAUCUAUUAACUCGUCACCAUUUUUUUGUCCAUAUUUUAUUUAUUUUGUUUCUUUUUCUUCCUAUCUAUCUACGUAUCACAAUCAUAGCUGUACUUGAGAUUUUUUUUUGUUGUAUAUUUGAGAGAAAUUAACUUUUAGUAGUCAAUUCUCUGAAGCUAACUGGCCAUUAUACUCUGAGAUAAAGUAUUUUAGAAGAUUCGAAUACAGGGUAUGCUGAGCAGUUAGCGGAUUGAUAAUUAUAAAUUUGUGUUACCCGCAUGUAAUAAAAACCACACCCAAAUAAUAUGAAGAAGACUACAGGCAGCUUAGGUUUGGGGUAGUAUUUAAGGCCCUUCAUGUGUUAUUUCUCCAUACAAUAAUACUAAUCGAGAAGCAAAAAGGCCUGCUGUUCAGUUAAAUUCAUAUUGAAGUGGGAGAAACGUACAUUCAACGAAUCCUCGUAACAAGUGGUGCUAAAAACAAUUAUCUUAAUUUAUAAAUAUCGUGUCUAUAAAUAUAUUUGAUUCGAUUUGUGAAAAUAAAAAGUGCUAAUGAAUCGUGUGUAUUAAGAUACUGAACAGUUAAACGUAUUGACAGAAAAGGAUUAAAACAUUUAUAAAGAAGACUGAACAGCACAGUACAUGUUUUGGUUGGUGUUCAUGUGAAUACACGUUUUACUCAUACAGGGAUAUUGGCAUAAUCAUAUUCUCAAGGUCAUGUUGAUUUUCAUAUAGAAUGACCUUCGACCUCAAACACUGCCAUUGUUCUAUAUGAAGUGUAUCGAUGUUCUAUGACAUUUUUUUUGUUUUGUUUUUUUAAAGAAAGUAAUACAUGUAUAACGUAAGUAUAGGAUGUAAUAUUUUAUUGUAAUUUAGAUAAGUUUGCUGCACGGUUUCUUAAAACUAUUUUGGUUGGAAAGAAGGGUAGAUCAAACCUCGUCACACAUUCAUCAUGGAUUUCAUCUCCAUGGUGAUCGCCACAUUCAUCUCCAUGGUGAUCGCCACCUUCAUCCCCAUGGUGACUGCCACUUUCAUCUCCAUGGUAAUCGCCAUGUUGGUAUCUGUAGUGAUCAUCAUUAUGAUCUCCUUGGUGAUUGGCGGUAGAAAUGUACGCCAGACUGAGGUAUCGCUAGGAUUGAUGGGAUAGACAUGUUAUAGCGUUGACCAACCAGUCGUUUUGCUGAAAACGUCGCCAUCUUGAUCAGGGACUGUGUCUUAAGAUCUCAGCAUUAUAAUGGUAUGGUGUCGCGCCUGAAAACAAUGGAAUUGCAGUUUAAUAGUGGGAAGUAUUUUUGCUUGCCUUUAUGGCAUUGGCUAUGAAAUAUUUUCCAAGAAACAUAGCUAGGCUAUAAUAUAUAUCAACAUAAAAAUCCAUUUCUCAUAUAUAUUAUUAAUUGAUCAAAUUUGAAUUUGAGCAAAUAUAUAGUUUUAUAUAUAUAUGAUAGCAUUGUAAUAUUAACAACGAUAUAAUAGUUAUUUCUUUAUGGUUUUAAAUAUCUUGUAUUAUAUUGAUAAAACUAGUGUAAUGUCAUAGAGAAUUAUUUCGCAAAGAAUAGAAUUUUAUUUUCUAA